AUGUCCGUAUCCACAUUACGGUAUAUUUCUUUAUUCAGUUCUUUCUUGGUCGCUCUGAGUGCAGGAUCCAAUUAUGGCUUCUCAUCUUAUUCACCUCAAUUGCAAGAAAGAUUACAUUUAACAUCUACCCAAAUCAACAUCGUUGGUGUGAUGGGUAAUAUGGGCGUUUAUCUUUCAGGUCCUUUUUGGGGAAGACUUGUGGAUAAAAAAGGUCCAAAGGUUGCGUUAGCGUUGGGUGCAAUUCUCGUUGCGGUAGGAUAUGGUGGUCUUUCGGUUUCGUACGGGGGAACAAUAUGGUCUUCCACUUCACUUCCGACUCUUUGUAUGUUUUCACUCUUUUCGGGUCUUGGAAAUAGCGGCGCUUUCACUGCUGCGAUGAAUGCACAAGCAAAGAGUUGGAAAGAAGAAAGGAGAGGCUUGUGUACAGCUUUGGUCUUGUCCGGCUUUGGACUUUCGGCUUUCUUUUAUUCGACUUUAUCACAUACCCUUUUCCCGGGCAAAACAGGUGAUUAUUUAUUACUCUUAGCAUUCGGAUCAAGCUUUUCGUUUUUGAUCGGUUUGACUUUCAUCAGAAUCUUACCGCCAGAUCUCGACAAUUCAUUACUUCCCUCUGAUGCCGGUCAAGCAGGGGAGGCUUCUGGAUCGCGAAAGGAUGAGCCAACCGCUGCCUCCAUUGACAAGACGGGAAGAAAAUUACUCAAAGAUCCCGAUUUCCUCAUUCUAUUUUUCAUCAUGACAAUCAUUUCAGGAACAGGAUUGUUGGUCAUUAACAAUAUCGGUACGAUGACAAGGACAUUAUACGAGUACAAUAAAAGACAAAAAGGUGAUGUACAACAAUUACAAGCUCAUCAAGUAUCAGCCAUUUCAAUCGGCAAUGCUUUGGGACGCAUUUUGAUGGGAUUGAUGUCUGAUUUGGUGGUGAACAGAACGGGUGAUGCAAGAUAUCGUGUUUUCUUGUUGUUGGUCGUUUGUACGCUUGCUUUGCUAUCACAAGGAGCAGCAGCUUGGCCUAACAUUAUCAGCGAUUUGAAAAAGUUGUUUGGAAUGAGUAUCGUGACGGGAUUGAUGUAUGGAACUUUGUUUGGAUUGUGUCCCGUUUUGACGUUUGAAUGGUUCGGAUUACGUCAUUUCAGUCAAAAUUGGGGUAUCAUUUCGCUAAGUCCUGUGAUCGCUGGAAAUACGUUCAACCUUUUGUUUGGCAAAAUUUAUGAUUCUCACGUUCCGAAAGAUGGUCAUUCACAUUUCUGUCCUGAUGGAGAAGAAUGCUUCCGAAGCGUUUUCCGAUUCACAGCAAUUGGGGCCGUACUUGCUACAAUCUUGAGUGCAAUAAUUAUUGGAAGGAAAGCUGGAUGGCGUAAACCGAGUACAGCACGAAAUGAAGAUGGUCAAGGGGAGUGA